CACACACGAUGAUUCUGUUUUACUCAGCAUUGUUUUCUAUUUGCCUUGUUCCAGCAUAUUCUACAUUAUGUCCAGGACAAGAGAAAACAACAACGUGUUGUCUGGGAUAUGUUUGGAAUGAGACUCUUGGAAAAUGUUCAGCCUGUAGUGAUGGUUAUAUAGGAAAAAACUGUAGUACAAAGUGUCAUGGACUGUACUAUGGUCAAGGAUGUAAACUAAAAUGCGAUUGUACCAAAGAUCAAUGCAAUCAUAUAGCUGGAUGUUCAAAGUCUUCAUCAGAAGGCAUGAUGAGUGUACCUAUUUCACCAUCGAAAACGAUUCAAGUUUUAACCAUCAAAUCGUCAACAUCUAAAGUAAUUGAUAAUACAUCCAACGCUGUUUCCACAGAAAAGAAAAGAAAACAACUUGGUAAUUCCUCAUCACUACUUGCCAUGUAUUAUGCUAUUGUUAGUCUUGUGUUUAUUGCAGCUUUUCUUCUCGCAUUGUACAUCGUUUUGUUUUUAUAUUCUAAAUAUUAAGAUUAAACGUACAGAUGGUUACAUGUAUACAAUGAUUAUUUUCAGAUGAAAAUUAAAAUCAUUGUUAUAAACCGUUGCUGGAAAACAAGAUACUUUAUUCUUUCAAUUUUUAAACAUCAGUGUUAAUAAAUAUAUUUACAUUUAUAUAUUCAACAUCAGAGUUGUUGCAAUGAAUUUUAAACUAAGCAAGAGGCUCUGGGGUCACAUUUCUUUGUUAACAACAAUAGUUAUAAUUCCUACUUGUAUCAAGUCAGCUCUCUGGUAUCAAAAUAAAAUUUCUUGACAAUUUAGCACAUUAUAAUAUUACUUCGUGAUCCUCUAAUAGGGAAUUAAAUAACACAUGGAUGAAUGAAUGAAAAGAUCAUAUUUAGAAGGAUCUUAAAA